AUGAAUCGGUGGUACCUGCUAGAAGACAACCAUAAAGAGGAGAGACUGGACGGAGCAUGCUACUCGCGCGAAGAGAAAACGUGUCCGUCGGAACGAGUCGACAUGUUCGUGUCGAUGUGA